AUGUCUGGGUACUACGGUCCAUCCUUUAAUCACAAAUCCUCAAGACCUCCAUCUUUGGCAGCGUCAAGAGCGAACUCAUCAUACAGAGCAGCUCGUAGUGCUCCUGUCACUCCUCGAAAUGGUUCAAUCACCACGCCUCGCAACGCUUCCAUUGCCGCCACGAUCGCUGGUACGACUGCGGCACAGACUGCCGCCAACACCGCUGCCAACACUGGUCCCACGACACCCGCAUUGCUCUCGAGAGUGAACAGUAAACUGGAGAAUGAAGCCAACGGAAAGGAGGAAACCCCUUCAAUGAACUCGGAAAUAUUGCGCAACGAGAAGGGUGAACUCAUGAUUGGAAGGAUCGCGGGCGGCAAGCAUCUCACCGAUGAUGUGGAGGACAUCGAUCUCGGUUGCGGAGAGAUCAAGAGAGUCGAUUGCGACAUGCCUCUUACGCUGACCGAGAUGGUCAAUCAUGAAGGCAAGGAGUACAUUGUCCUCAGCUUCGCUACUGGUGAUAAGGAGAACCCAUUCAACUGGAACCCUUGGUACAAGCGCAGUAUCACCACGUUGCUCAACUUGAUGACACUAUUCAUUGGUCUCGCGACGACGGCAUACAGUUCGGGAAUCAACAGGAUGUGUGAGGAGUUUGGCGUCGCCACAAUCUAUGGCCAGCUCGGGCUGUUCACCUUCAACAUCGCGUGUGCUAUUGCGCCCAUGGUACUGGCUCCCUUCUGUGAGCUUGUAGGCCGCAAGAUUGUAUACGCCAGUGCUUUCCUCUGCUUCUCGCUUAUAUUCAUCGGUCUCGCGCUCGCACAGAACAUCUCCACUAUCAUCGGUCUCCGCUUACUACUCGGUCUCUUCGGCUGCGUCGGUACCAUUCUUGUCGGCGGCACUUUUGACGACAUGUACGAGCCUCACAAGCGUGGUAGGCCAAUGGCCAUGUUCGCUUUCGUCGCUAUCUUCGGUACUGUCGCUGCACCCAUCUACGCCGGCUUCAUCGACCAAUCGCUCGGAUGGCGAUGGGUUGAGGGUAUCCAGGGUCUCGCCAACAUCCCUCUCCUGAUUCUUAUCUUCGUCGCCUUUCCCGAGACCCGUGGCGGUGCUAAGCUCCACAAGCGAGCCAAGCAGUUGCAAAAGGCCACCGGCGACGACCGCUACGUCGCAGAGGAUGAUAUCUACACACCCGAUGUCAAGUCUAUGCUGAAGGCCUCUUCCGUCAAGGCUAUCCGCAUGCUCGUUACCGAACCUGUCGUCUUCGCCUUUGGUCUCUGGAUUGCCUUCUGCUGGGCAGUAGUCUUCCUGUUCCUCUCCGUUAUUCCUAUCACCUUCGAAGAGAAGCGUGGUUGGUCCGAAGGUGUCAGCGGUCUGCCAUACAUCUCUCUCGCCGUUGGUACUUUCCUCGGGUGGGCUGCCCACCACCUCCAGAUGCGCAAGUACAAUCAACUUCAGGAAGAUCCCAACGUCCGUAUCGUUCCCGAACACCGUCUUUACGGUGCCAUGUUCGGUGCUGUCUGGCUCCCCAUCGGUCUCUUCAUCUACUCCUUCACGCAAUACGGAUACCUGAGCUGGGUUGGUCCCGUCAUCGGUCUCGCACCCAUCGCAUUCGGUAUCUUCUUCGUAUUCGAGAGCACAUACUCCUACACUGCCGACUGCUAUGGCGAGACCUCUUCUUCAGCUAUUGCCGGUCAGGGAUUGAUGAGGAAUACCCUCGGUGCUGUUACGCCACUUUUCGCAAGCGCCUUCUUCCAUAACGUGGGCAGUCAAUACGCAGGUCUCAUUCUUGCGAUGUUUGGAACCGUCCUGAGUUUGAUUCCGUUUGUUAUGUUCAAGUAUGGACAUUUGCUCCGCGCGAGGAGUAAGCUGGCGAAGGAGUAUUAA